AUGUGUGACGAUAAUAUGCUCAACAACUUACCUCCAUCUUCGCCUCCGCCAGACUAUGGUUCUGAUGUCUCAGAUGGGACUAUGCUGCCUAUCGCAACUUCCGAUGAUAUUCCACUGGCUGAAGCGUUCAAACAAUUCUCCUCCACCACACUGAUUGGAGAACAGGCGCUCACAUCAGAGGACAUACCAUUGGCUCGCCUUCACGGCAGUGGCGACCACAUCUGCGAUGAAGAAAUCACAGAAGAUAGGGGAAUAUUGACAGAUACAUCCUUGUUUUCGGAGGACACUGAAAGAAAAGUGCUCGCUGCUCGGUCCGAGGUACGGCGGCAAGAAGCACGCACAGCAAGCAAGGCCAAUGCUGCAAAUGAAGAGUUGAGGAAGGCUAAGGAAGAAGAGGCACAUAUCACCCUGGCCUGGCAGGAGCACACACUGGCAAAGGAAAAGGUCUUCAACGAAAUCCUUGAUAGGUUGCGAAGUAAUGGCCAUACCCUUGCAGAAUUUCUUGAGUAUGUCUUCAAUCCAUCACGAAGAUUCUCCUUCGACUGGCGCUGGGCAGGGUUCUGGAGAGACCAUACAACAGUACGGCAAAUCUUUGAGCACUGGUCUUCAUCUACAUAUAACAAAUCUUCUCGAACGACAUACAACGACAUCAUUGUUUCACUAGCAGAGAACAUAGUUCAGACCGAAAGCCAGGGGAUAACCGAUUCAAAAUUACUUAACCGCACUGUCAAAACUGUCGACGAGGGAUUUUUCCUGGGAUAUGAUGUUUGGCAGCUUGGGCGUAAACUCCGAGAGAAAGCACCACUAGCAUUUCGGCUAUUCAAUGCCUUUGCGUCGACAACAAGGCAAAGACAACGUGGUGUGUCGCAGAAAUGGGCAGAUAAAAAAGAAGUUUUGACGACAUCCGCUGCAUUUACUCUGUUAAAGGCAGCUAGUUCCAACAACAGCUACCCUCAAGCCGUAAUUGGUACUUAUCUGAUGUCGACGGGGGCACAACGCCAACAUCUCAGUGUCGCAACUACACUUGGUCUAAGUGUAUCAUAUCCUAAUAUCAUCCAUCACGCCAGGAGGGAGAAUACCGUGUCUGAGGAUACGGACAACUCAGAGGAGUCUGAAGCCAUUGACGAGGAAGACUCACCAAGUCCAAGUCAGACGCCGAUGCCAACGCUGAAAAAGAUUGCCCAAAGGCGUGCACCAGGCACUCUUUCGCAGCUCUCAGAUGCUUGCCGGCAAACUGCACGAGAUGUUGCGAAAACAGGUCUUUUUGUUACGGUGUACGAUAACAUCAAUAUGAUGUUUCAAGUAGCUGAGCAAAUUCUAGGGCGUAAAAAUGCUCAGGAAAACGGUACAUGUGCGACCAUAUUCCCAUUGUUUAGGGCAGCAGAGGAGGAUAUGUCUGCAGAGGCGUAUCAACACUCUCUUAUGAAUGCGCCACCCUUAACGCUAGACGACAUUCUCCUUACCAGCUCCGAGCAAGCUCUUCACGAGGCCAGCAUGAGGCAUACACUCCUCCGAGUAAUAGUUGAACACGGUGGCAUAGGUUUUGAGAAGUGGAAGCCUCGACUUCAAGAAACACUGCCAAAGUCGAAAUCAAAAAUACAGCCAUUGAAGGGUGCAGACGGGCGGCCACUGCCAAUCACAACACCUAUACACCCUCUUCCUGCGAUGGAGAUUGACGAGUCCUCGAUUGUCGGCAAUGUCGAUGUAAUCAACACAAUUGACAAGGAAUUACGGCUGAAUCAAAAAGGGGUGAAUUACCUGAAAUUCGUCCGCAUUAUGGGAGGAGAUCAACUCACAAUAGCGCGCCAACGGUCGGUUCUGAACGUACACGCUGGCCACGAAUCUGGCUUUCAUGCAUGGCAGCAUGUUGUCCUAAUGCCUGGCCUCUUCCACGCAAAAAUAGCGGAUUGUCAUGGCAUUCUGGAAACCCAUUUUGGCCUUCCUAACGCAGGUCAGCAAAGCCCUGGCUCGCUUUGUUUCCAUAAUACAGUCAUGGACCGCCUACCUGUUGUCCUCUCUUCACUUCCAACAUUCCGUGUCGUACGGGACUUGAUAACUGUGUCGCUUUACGCCCAUAUACUCCAUUGCCUGCUGCGCGUAUCUGGCAAAGCCACCAUUGAAGAGUACACCAGUUCUGUAACCUCGUGGGCAACCAUAGAAGAGCAUGCCAACCAAAUCUACCAAAAAUUUGUGAAUGCAGACGUUGUCACUAAGCUUCGAGACCAACGUGCGGCAGAGGAGCAGGUUCAAGCUCGAGCCAUCCGAAAGAAGAAACGGCCAGAGGGGGAAGCACCUAAAGAAUAUGAGCAUAUCGCAAAAGGAGACAUGGUGUUCGAGAAUGGAGUUCUGUUCAUACGAGAUGCGUUAUUGACAAGGGAGUUUGCCGAUGCUGUAAAGGCUGGAGACUCAGGGCGGGUAGUGAUAAUUCUCAAGCUCUGGGCACUAGCAUACCGGGGAAGUGGUCGGUCCAAAUAUGCGCACGAGAUGCUGCAUGUCAUCUAUAACAUUCAACAUCUAUGGCCACCAGGAUUGAUGUGA